AUGACAGUCAAGUACCUACUACCAGUGGUAUCUGAGGAGCUGACACGCCAGCUCAGGAACGAAGUGUUGACUGUUCUUGAAACAGAAGCAAUACCUCUGACACAGUACAUACGCGUCUUUCAUGAAUAUGAAUUCCUGAUUAACAAUACCGCCAAAGAUGACAUGAUAAAAUAUUUGUCAACUUCUCACCCAUUUGAUGAGUUGGUUGAGAAAUACUGUUUCUACUUCAACUUGUUGGACCAAAUUGAAAUUGAUCUACGAAAG